AUGAGCGCCAGUGCCAAGAUCCCUUCUGACGUCGAAGCUCUGUAUGACCAGGUCUCCGCCGGGUUCCGGGACGCCUGGGGCGAUUGUGAUCCUGCCAUGGUCGACAUUCUCGAGAGUAUAAGAGAGUCUCACGCGUCAGGAUCUUCCGUUCUGGACAUUGGUUGCGGUCCUGGCGGGCCGGCAUCGCGACUCAUAAAGGCCGGGUACCAUGUGACGGGCAUUGAUCUGUCGCAGAAGAUGAUUGACAUUUGCCAGGCGACGUUGCCCGGAAAAUUUAUGAAGACCGACAUGAGGAAAUUCGAGCCAAAAGUCCGCUUCGACAUUAUAGUUUGCAGCUUUAGUCUUUUUCACGUCUCCCAUGCGGCUACCUACUCGAUGCUAGUCAAGAUGGCCUCGUGGCUGCGACCUAGCGGGACUGUCGUCAUAGCAAGCAUUGCGGCGGAAGAUUAUAGCCGAUGCAGUCCCAAGCUGCCCGAAAUACAACAAAAGCAGUACGUUGAAAACAUUCUCACGAAUUUCAUGGGGCAUGAAGUCCCUGCUACGCUCCUCACCACCAAGGAAUGGCUACGCAUUCUGCAGGAAGCAAGCUUCCAGAUCCAGUCUGUCGACCGCCACUCACGCCAGGUCGACAAGUACAGCUACGACGAGAAGCAUAUAUUCAUCACAGCAAAUAGAACGCACGAGGAGCCUCUUUUUGGGCCCUAUCCCCUACCCACAGUCAAGAGGCGCCCGCACCUGCUGAGCAACGGCGCAUUGGAGCCGUUUGUCAAGCGUCUCACGCGCCGUGAGCUCGAGGCGGCCCUAGAAGCCGUCAAAGAUAAUGAAAAGGUUCUCAGCAUUGGGAGCGGCAAUGGUGAACUUCCAGUGUGGAUUGCAAAGCGAGCCGGCACAGCCUACGCCCUUAAACCCAACUGCGACCGAAGCGACGUUGAAGCAGAGAAAUGGUCUGAGUCGCAGGUUGAAAUAUCUCAAGGAGCGGCGGAGCAUCUCCCUUUCAAGGACAACAAGUUUGACGCUGCAGUGGCUGUGUGGCAGCUGCACUACGUACAGGACCUCGAGUUGUCACUUCGAGAGAUGACGCGAGUAGUCGACGCCACCGCCCCAAACGCGCGCAUCGUCAUCGUGCAAGGUGCACCAGACAACGAAGUCGCCAAGCUCACCAACAAGGCCUGCGCAGAGAUUGUGGAGGAGGGCAUGGCCAAGGGCGAGUCGGCCGCUGACCACCACGGCCUACUGCUCGCGACAGCCGCGCGGGUUUUUACGCAGCGCGGGUUUGGGGAUAUUGAGGUCUGCCACGUUCAGAUGGCUUGCAACUUUCCGGAAGAAGACGUGGAAACUCGCUGCCAAGUCGCCGCAGAGGUGCUGACAAACUUCUGGUACAAGGAGCACGAGAGGGUCGAGGAUAUCAAGGCGGCAUUUGUGCCAGUUUUGAAGGAGCAUUUUGCAAGCAGUCCGUGGGAGGUGGGAGCUCAAGCGGUGAUGAUGGUUGCGAAGCCGAAGGCUGUGGCAGGGGAAUUUGCGGCGGGUAUAUAG